GCUCAUGAAUUUUUCCGUACUGCUCCUUGUGGUUUUGCAAUUUUGCACGUACACUUAACGUCUAACACUUAAUAGCAAUGGUCGUUCGACUACACUAGACGCGCUCUAGCCAAAUGGACCCCACGUAACGACCUGGUCUUACAUCGCUCCGCCACAUUUUCUCCGUUCGAUCUGGGGCUGGGAUUGGAAUUGGAGUCAAUACGAGAAAUCUUAAAGCUUCUCCUUGUGGCAGAAAUACCAUGGGAAACGAAAGAGGUGAAAUGACAUAUCAAGAACUCAAUGGCGGCAAAAAGCCGACAUGGAAUAUCACCUUAGAUAUUCUAUCCUGGGUCUUCUGGUCAAACCUCACCGUCUUAUUCAAUAAAUGGAUCUUAGACUCGACGGAAUUCAGAUACCCGAUCCUUCUCACGACAUGGCACCUUAUAUUCGCUACCGUGGUCACGCAAGUUCUGGCGCGGACAACGACAUUACUGGAUAGCCGUAAGAACAUCGAGAUGAAUAGCCGAUUGUAUGCACGCACGAUGGUUCCUAUUGGCCUGCUCUAUAGCGGCAGCUUGGUCUUCGGGAAUAUUGUCUACCUCUACCUCAACAUUUCAUUUAUUCAAAUGCUAAAGGCCGCCGGACCAGUCGUGACCCUCCUCGUCAGCUGGUCAUGGGGAGUAGCAACGCCCUCAAUGGAGGUACUGAUAAACAUCCUAAUCAUCACCUGCAGCGUGGGCCUUGCCGUAUCAGGUGAAAUCCAAUUUUCAUUACUCGGCAUCUUUUACCAAAUGGCCAGUCUCGUCUGCGACGCGAACCGCCUCGUAAUGAUGCAAAUCCUGCUCUCUGAAGACGGCCAAAAAAUGGACCCGCUCGUCACCCUCUAUUAUACGGCCCCGGUUUGUGCCGUCAUGAACUCCAUAAUUGCCUGGAAUACAGAGCUCAGGGAUUUCCACUGGAGCGUUGUCCCCAACACUGGCUAUUUGACAUUGUUGUCGAAUGCUGUGGUGGGAUUCAUGCUGAACGUUUCGAUCUUUGUCCUGAUCGGAAAGACAUCCGGACUCACGACGACACUUGUCAGUAUUCCGAAGAAUAUUCUGCUUAUUGUUGCCUCUGUUGUGCUCUGGCACACGCAGGUGAGCACCAUUCAGAUCGUGGGAUAUUCGAUUGCUUUGCUUGCAUUAGUGUACUAUUCACUUGGGUGGAAGACGAUCAAAGCUAGUAUAGAGAACCUUAAGGCGUGGCGGAAGGAUCCUGCAGGGAAUAUAUAUUCGGAUAAAGUUUAAUUAUCUGAUUUUAUGCAAUAAAAGCGAAUGCAUGUGGCGUUUUGGGCGAACUGGUGCGAACUAGAGUAUAUAUACUUGUAUGUUAGGUCAGGAAGGUUGAGAUGGGUUUCAAGUGAACGCUGACGUGCAUUUGA